CGCAACAGUAAGAACGUGAACUUGCACACACAAUGGAAAAUUUUCGAAGGAUAGGAACGUAAGAGUUUUAUCCGUGGAUCAGAGAGCAUGACAAUUUUAGCUCAUUUCACGACAGUGAAACUACUGGAAAGAUGUUUAUAAACUACAAAUGAUAAUGGAAGAAGGAAAAAAAACAAGCUAUGCUAAAUUGUUUACCAUAGGCGCUAAUGAAGCUGAUGUUCCCAGUGUUGCAUCAUCAUCAUACGAAACUGCGCCACUGUUGAAGUCGGUUUCGAUGUCAGAGAACAGCGAAGCUACGAGUAUUUACUACGAAGCAAUCAACUCCUUGAAUGGCAGCGAUAGUAUUAGCCAGUCGAAUGCCUCAAUGCAAGAAAGCCACGAUGCGGAAGACAUCAAAGCAUCGCUCCAUCUGCCAUCAACCAGACUGUCUUCCUAUUCAUCGUUACGAAGUUCUUACGACUACUUCAGGCGAAACAGGUCAAGGUAUUCGUUAAGCAGGUCUUUCGUGCCUUCCUUGCGAGUGAUCGAUGAGCAAGGAGUCUCGACUAGUUUGACUAUAGCUAAUCUAUUACCCUUUCUGCUUGGAAGUGCUACGUUUGCAUUGCCGUAUUCAGUAGCACUUGGAGGUUAUGCAACAAUACCAGCAUUCGUAGUAAUUACGAUUCUCGCAGAUAUAACAGGCCUCCUUCUUGUUGAUGCUCUUUACGAUGAUUUUGGAUCAAGAAUUCCGAAAAAACGAGCGCGUAUGGACUAUGUCGAACUUGCAAGGGUUGUGGCAGGUAAACUUGGCGCAAGAGCAAUCAAUUUUACUCUGAUAUUCUAUCUCUACGCCAUGAAUACAGUGAAUCUAGUACUAAUAGGCCGAAGUUUUUACGUCAUUUUGAAUAAUACGACGCCAUUUAGUCUUGUUGCAACGACGGCCAUGUUCUCACUACUUGUGAUACCGCCACUUUUCAUUAAGAGUUUAUCAAAACUUGCUUACCUCAGCAUGAUGUCAACAAUUUGCAUUAUUACAGGAGGGAUUGCGUCACAAGUAGUAUUCAUUAAACACAGAGAGGACUGGGCCAAAAACAUAAACAUCAUCCCGAUGUUUGAUGGAAACGGCUUUGCCUAUGCGAUGAGUGUUUGGUUUUUCAUGCUUAUUUGCCAUUCAGUGGCCCCGCAAAUUGAGAACAGUAUGAAAAAGCCACAGAAAUUCCCACUUGUCUUGCACAUAUCACACUGCUUUUCUGCAUUGAUCAAGAUCUAUUUUGGCAUCAGCGGCGCACUGACAUUUGGUAAAGAAACUAGGCCACUCGUUUCAAUGAAUAUCGAGAAAUUAUCAGCGCCUGCAAGCAUCGUAACAAACGCUGCUCUAGCAGGCUACGCUGUUACGUCAUUCCCCAUAAAUUUUUAUGUGGUCUGCGAGACUUUCGAUUUAUUAGUUCUCAAGAAUCGCCAUCCAAAGCUGAAGAAAGGUGGGAAAUACUACAACAUAUGGGUUUUACUAACAAGACCAAUAUUAGUUGGGGUGGGCCUCGGCGUUGCUGUUGUGAUACCAUACUUCGGGCUGCUUGUUGGCAUCCUCGGUAGCUUACUGGCGAUUUUUCUGGUAUUCAUAUUUCCUUGCUGGUUUCACCUGAACAUUAAAGGGCACCUGCUUCCACUUUGGAAGAAACUGGCAGAGUCACUCGUCAUGGUACUUGGGGUAGCUGUUGGCCUCGCGGGACUUUAUGCAUCAGUACGAGGCUUGAUUUUUGCCAUGAAAGACGGCCAAACUGUUUGAUUCAAUUUGUUAAUAGUUAUCGAGGGUGAUAAACUGACUACAUCGUUAGAAAAAGUGACUUCGGUUGCACAUGAUACAUAAUCGUGCAUUAUAAAAUAGCAAAAAACGAAUCAUAAUCGGAGAAUUUUUGUAUGAACAUAAAUAUAGGUAUCAGUAAAUUGGAAUUCUGUUAAAUUUUUUCAAAUGCAGCAUGAAAAUUUUGACUGUGAUUUGCAUGAAAUAAAUUUAGCUUUAUAUUCAUCUGCAUUCAAAUUUUUAAAUCCUAUUAAUGAACAUAAAUUAAGUUUAAGCCUUCGGAAACCCGCAUUGGUGAGAAAUAAGCAAUCGGAGCCUGAAAAUAAUUUCGAAUAUUUUUAAGCGUUUCGAUCAUAAAAACUUGCUUAUCUAAUGGUUGCUGAUUUAAAAAAUGGCUCUUGUUACUUAGGUAAAUGUUACUAUUUUGGAUUGGUAAGAAAACAUCGAAGAUUUUUUAGGGAUUUUACAGUAUUCUUUAUACCGAGGAAUAAUAGCUAUCAUUAUACCGAGGAAAGAUACAGACUGCUUGAAAUGAG